UGUCAGUUGAUCUGUGUACUUUUGACUUUCACUUAAAUGGACUUUAUAGCAGAAUUCUGCCUAAAAACUUUACAUUUAAUUUAAAAGGUUACCGAUAAAUGGUACGCACGCACAUAGAGCAUGACUGCUGACUAAUUGUGAAUAAGCACCAUGUGUCUUAAAACUCGGCGUAUAUCACCCACCAAGCAGCAUCUCAGAAAUCCUAGCAGAAUGUUUCAUUCACUUUGUUAAUCCCCGCCCGCCGGUGCUGUCCGGCGUCAAACACCACAAGCUGGAAGAGGAAGCGGUGAGAUGUGUGGUAUCUGGGCUUUGUUUGGCAGCGAUGAGUGCCUGUCGGUUCAGUGCACUUGUGCCAUGAAGAUUGCUCACAGGGGCCCUGAUGCCUUCCGCUUUGAGAAUGUCAACGGCUUCACCAACUGCUGCUUUGGCUUCCACCGGCUGGCUAUUGUGGACCAGCUGUACGGCAUGCAGCCCUUACGCAUCAAGAAGUUUCCUUUCCUCUGGCUCUGCUACAAUGGAGAAAUUUACAACCACCACACGCUGAGGAAGCAGUUUGAGUUUGAUCACCAGACCAAAGUGGACGGUGAGAUCUUACUCCACUUGUACGAUCGUUUUGGCAUCAAGAAGAUGGCCUCUCUGCUGGAUGGUGUGUUUGCCUUCAUUCUGCUGGACACUGCCAACAGAAAGGUCUUUUUGGGGAGGGAUACGUACGGUGUCCGGCCUUUGUUCAAACUCCUGACAGAUGACGGCUUCCUUGCAGUCUGCUCAGAGGCGAAAGGGCUUACGGACAUUACCCAUGCAAUGGCCACCCCAGCCAGCAUUGUCCCUUUUCUUCCUGGGCACUUUGAGGCCUUUGAUUUGAAGCAGAAUGGCAAAGUUCAGUCUGUUCAGAUGGAGCAGUUUCACUGCUGCACACAGGAGCCUGUUCAUGCUGUCUAUGACACUUUGGAGAGACUACCAACAAGGUCUGAUGAGGAAACGGUGAAAAGCAACAUCAGAACCCUGUUUGAGAAUGCUGUGAAGAAACGUCUGAUGGCUCAAAGGAGAAUUGGUUGUCUUCUCUCAGGUGGUCUGGACUCCAGUUUGGUUGCUGCUACACUGGUGAAACUGGCCAAAGAGGAGAAGCUGCAGUAUCCCAUCCAGACGUUUUCAAUCGGGUCAGAGGACAGUCCAGACAUCAUUGCUGCUCGCACGGUUGCAGCUCACAUUGGCAGUGAACACCACGAGGUGAACUUCACUGCAGAGGAAGGUAUCCAAGCAGUAGAGGAUGUCAUCUUCCACCUGGAAACUUAUGACAUCACUACCAUCCGUGCCUCUGUUGGGAUGUACUUGGUUUCAAAGCACAUCAGGGAGAAGACCGACAGUGUGGUGAUCUUUUCUGGAGAGGGUUCGGAUGAGCUCACUCAGGGAUACAUUUACUUCCACAAGGCUCCCAAUCCCAAAGCAGCAGCGGAGGACAGCGUUCGACUGAUGAAGGAACUCUACCUGUUCGAUGUUCUCCGAGCUGAUCGCACCACCGCUGCACAUGGCCUGGAACUCAGAGUGCCGUUCCUGGACCACAGAUUCACAGCAUACUACCUCUCCCUGCCAGAGGAGAUGAGGACUCCUAAGCACGGAGUGGAGAAGCACCUUCUGAGGGAAUCUUUCAAAGGUCUCAACUUGAUCCCUGAUGAGAUUCUGUGGAGGCGCAAAGAGGCUUUCAGUGACGGCAUGAUGUCUGUGAAGAAGUCCUGGUACACCUGCCUGCAGGAGCAUCUAGAGUCUAUGGUGAACGAUGACCAGAUGGAGAAGGCUCACAAGACAUUCCCUCACAACCCUCCGUGCACCAAAGAGGCCUACUACUUCAGACAGGUGUUUGAGAAGCACUAUCCAGGCCGGGCUGAGUGGCUCCCCCAUUACUGGAUGCCACGCUGGAUCAACGCCACGGACCCAUCAGCCCGGACCCUGUCCAUUUAUAAACCUGAUAAAGACCAGUGAUUGGCUGGAGAAGAGUCACUCAUUAAUGCGUUAGCGGUCUUUCUAUUGUGUCACACUGAGCUGUACUUUGUUGAUCAAAUUUAACUCACUAGGAAUUAUUUUGUAUUUACCGUACAUGACGUUUGUCAGAUUCUCUGAUCUCACAGCACGAAAGCCUGUGUGCUAACCAAAACAAUGCAUCCAAGAUGAAAACAUUAUAGUUAGACCUAUUUAAUUGAACCUAAUUAGGAAAUGUAAGUGCUUUACUACGGAAGCCGAGAAAGGCCACACUAUCAAAUAUUUCCUUAGUAAUUCUGACGAGCUGAUGAGGACUGAUCUGAAAAUCAUCUUGUAUGAAAAGACAGUGUGAUAUCUGCCCUUAACUGAAAUAUUCCCCAACGCGUUGAUCAAUGAACAUUUUCACUUCACAGCUCUAGAAGUUGUGAUCCGCAUACUGGCUUGGCACAUCUGAUCUCAUUACAAUGAGAAAAGGAGCUGUGUUAUCUCCAGAUAACAGGAUAAUUAUCUCCUUUUCUCGGGAUAACAAAACAUUGUUUUUUCCUGAUAACAUCUUGUUAUCUCGGGAUAACGAGCUUUGUUAUCUUUAGAUAACAGGAUAAAAGAUUAUUUGCAUGUAUGGCCUUUCUCAUCUUCCGUUCUAUGAUGUAAAAUGUGCAUUUUAUUUUAUUAGUUAAAUAUUGCUUAUUAGAAGUUCUGCUUCAGUUUUCUAACAGUUGUUGCUCUUAAUUCUCUUUAGAUUCCAACUAU